AUGAGAUUGAGCCCUAUUCUUCCUAAGAUUGUUGCUGACAAUCAAGGAGCUUUCAUUCAAGGAAGAAACAUUGUGAAUAACAUAAUGAUAUGCCAGGAUCUCUUAAAAGGGUAUGCUAGGAAAGGUUGCAGGCCUAGCUGUUUGAUAAAGAUGGAUAUGAGGAAGGCCUAUGAUACUAUUGAAUGGAAUUUUGUGAGAGAAAUGAUGACUAGUCUAAAUUUUCCUCAGAAAUUCAUUGACUGGGUGAUGACAUGUGUUACCAGUACUAGUUGCUCUCUGAUGAUUAAUGGCAAUCUGCUUGGUUUUUUUCACCCUAAGAGAGGGCUCAGACAGGGUGAUCCCAUCUCACCUCUGUUAUUUGUCAUUUGUAUGGAGUACAUGAGUAGGAUAAUAAAGUUUGUAGGGAUGAAAAAUGGCUUCAAAUUUCAUCACAGGUGCAAUUCACUCCAACUAAAUCAUCUGGUAUUUGCGGAUGAUGUGUUACUUUUCUGUAAAGGGGAGUUUGUCUCUACUUAUAUGAUUUUGCAAGGGUUCAAGCUAUUCUCAGACACUUCUGGUUUAUGUGUAAAUAAGAACAAAACUGCAGUGUACACAGCAGGUAUGGAGGAGGAGGAGAUUAAAAGAAUCCUUGAUGUUUCUGGGUUUGUUCAGGGUAAGCUACCUUUUACUUAUCUAGGAAUGCAGAUCUGCUCAUCAAGAAUUAGUAAUGCUGCUUGUACUGUUCUCUGUGAUAAAAUGAUAAACAGAAUUAAGAUAUGGAGCUCUAGGCAUCUCUCUUAUGCUGCAAGAGUCCAAUUGAUAAAUUCUGUUUUGAUGAGUCUUCAUACAUACUGGGGACAGAUCAUUGUUAUCCCCAAGGGAGUGAUUAAGAAGAUAAUGGAGGUUUGUAGGGCUUUUCUAUGGAGUGGAGAGUACUAUAGCACUAAACCUGGAAAUGUGGAUUGGAAUACCACUUGUUUACCUAAAAGAGCUGGGGGUUUGGGCUUUAGAAGAAUAGAGACAUGGAAUCAAGCUGCUCUUGGAAAGUUGAUAUGGGCUAUUGCAAAGAAAGAAGAUACACUUUGGAUCAGGUGGGUUAAUGCUGUGUAUGUGAAGAAUGCAGAUUGGUGGACCUACAAGGCUCCAAGUAAUGCAAGUUGGUAUUGGAAAUGCAUAUGUGAUGUAAAAGAUAAAAUCAAAUCUAGUAUAGACAUGCCAGUAUUCAUGCAGUUUCAAAGAUAUCAAAUCAGUAAGAUAUAUAAGCUCAUGGUGGGUGAUCAUCCUAGAUGCUUCUGGGAUAAGUUGGUGUGGUGUAGACUAGCUAUCCCUAAGCACAACUUCAUCUGUUGGCUUGCUGUUAGGAUGAGAAUUUAUACAAAAGAUAGAUUGAAGCAGUGGAGGAUCAUUGAUGAUGAUGUUUGUUCAAUCUGUCAGACACAGAUUGAAACACAUAACCACUUACUGUUUCAAUGUGAAUUCAGUAUUAGAUUAUUGUUGCAGCUUGUACUGAGAUGGCUUAAGCUCAAAUGGGUAGAUAGAACACUGAUUAUGUGGUACAAGAUGAUAGGAAGAAGAAACUGUUCUGGAUUUCGGAGGAAAGUCUACACUACUACUCUUAAUGCUACAGUGUAUGCAAUCUGGCAUUCUCGUAAUGAUGCUGUUUGGAAUGCUAAAGUUAACAAUCCAAGGAAUGUAUAUGACAAAAUCAGAAGAGAUGUAAUCUGUAGAGUUAAAGCUCAUAGUGGUACUAAGAUAAACAGUAAAGAUAGUGUAUGGUGGGAAAACCUAUGUAGUAGUGUGUAA